CAGGCCCGUCGCGUUCUCUCCUGCGCCGGCCACGCUCUCGCACCGUCGGCAGCGGCAGCAGCAAGAGGGGCGAGCAGUGGAUCAGACGCACGCGCGUGUGUUGUGCUUGCCGGAAUCUCGGUGCCGACAGGCUUUCCGUCCCGGUCGCCGAAGGGCAGCGUUCACUGGCGGCCUGCCGCAAGAGGCGUCAUGGCUGCGACGGAGGACUCGCUCGCUGUCGUCGGAGGCGGCCUGGUGGGAUCAUUAUGCGCCUGCCUUCUCGGCAACCGUGGCUUCCAAGUCGACCUCUACGAGUCCAGAGAAGACAUCCGCGAGCAGGAGCACGUGGCUGGUCGGAGCAUCAACCUGGCGCUGUCUGUGCGCGGACGCGCCGCUCUGGCACUGGUGGGGCUGGAGGAAGAGGUGAUCCAGCGGCACGCCAUCCCCAUGCACGGGCGCCUCAUUCACAACACGGACGGCACGCGCAAGCCCAUCCCCUACGGCAGGAAGGGCCAGAGUAUUUUCUCCGUGGGUCGCCGCUACCUCAACGAGGUCCUUCUUUCCGCUUGCGAAGCCAACCCCAACGUGCGGCUCCACUUCCGGCACAAGCUGCAGUCGGCCGACCUGGACCAGGCGGGGCUCAACUUUCGCGGCCCCGACGGCAAGGAGGUCCGCGUUCACCACCGCGCGGUGCUCGGCUGCGACGGCGCCUACUCGGCGGUGAGGCGCCAGAUGCUGCGGCGACCCAUGUUCAACUACUCGCAGACCUACAUCCCGCACGGAUACCUCGAGCUCUGCAUACCGCCCACGAAGGACGGAGAGUUUGCAAUGGAGGUGAAUUACCUGCACAUCUGGCCCCGUGGCGAGUUCAUGCUGAUCGCACUGCCCAACCAGGACAAGACGUACACAGCUACGCUGUUCAUGCCGUUCGCCGUGUUCGACGGGCUCACCGACCGACAGAAGCUGUUGAGCUUCUUCGACAAGUACUUCCCAGAUGCAGUGCCUCUUAUUGGACAGGACCACCUGGUCAAGAGUUUCUUUGCUGUGAAGGCAUCGCCUAUGGUCAUGAUCAAGUGCAAGCCGUACAACGUGUUCGACAAGUCCCUGAUCCUUGGUGAUGCAGCGCAUGCUAUGGUUCCUUUCUACGGCCAAGGGAUGAACGCGGGUUUCGAGGACUGUUGUCUUCUGAAUGAACUCCUGGACGCCCACGGCCACAACUUGAAGGCCAUCUUCGAGGAAUUCACCGAGACGAGGAAUCCCGACGUGGAGGCGAUGUGCGACCUGGCCCUUUACAACUACGUAGAGAUGCGUCACCUGGUGAACUCCACUUCGUUCUUGAUACGGAAAAAGUUCGACCUCUUCUUGAACACGAUCCUACCGAACUUCUGGAUACCACUCUACACUACGGUUACGUUUACAAGGAUCAGGUACCACGAAUGCGUCAAGAACAGAGCGUGGCAGGACAAGGUACUGUCGCGCAUCAUGAACGGCACCUUGGUGAGCGUCGCUGUUGCGGCGCUGGCGGCCGGCUUGAAGUGGCUUCAACUGUACUACUACCCGUAACCACGGAGGUCAUCGCAUAGCUUGUUCCGCAUCGUGAAUUCCACCGUUUGUUCUUGCAUACCGAAGACGUGUUAUAGCGCGUGCGCGAGGACCUUGACAAGAGGAGCAGUGCUCAAUUAAAACCUCAGUCUGUGCUGAUUGGUUCUUUGUUCAAAUGAAUGCGUGAACGACGCGGAAAAAAAUGACAAAGACGAGUACAGGAGGUACGAGGUUCGUUGGUCACGGCAUCGUUUAUUACUUUUUUUUUCCGCCCUGCCCAUCAUAUAAAGAGUUACUUUGAUUAGAAUAAACUUCGAAGUUCAAAGAAGCAUAUGGAAGCCUGUGCGUUUUUUCUUUGUACCUUAUACCAUCAAUUCUUGUCUUUUUUUUUUUUUUUUGGCGCCGUUCAUGCAUUUGUUAGAGCAGUGCUAGUUGCGACACCUCACGACGUCGUGUUUAAAUAGGCACAAUAUGUUAGCAUUACGUUAAGCUGGAUUUAUAAGUUAUAGAAAAAGAAUAUAUCAUGAGUGGAGGCUUAUGCAAGCCAGGAAAGUUCUGAAAACGAAAAGGCAAGUGGCGACGCCUUCUUGAAGUUCCCGCACUAGUCCUCCGCGACGUCAUGGAUUUUGAGGACACCUGCCGGCGAGGCUACUUAGUUUUAUACCCAUCGCAGAAGAAUUACAUCUCACUGUAAAGGAACCAAGGGCUCAACGCAGCAAGUUAGCACGAAAAAUAGCGUAUUCGGAUUCGAAAUGCAAGAAGGAAAACUUCGCUCUACAUUUUCUCCGCUAGCAAGCUAUUUUCCCUUGCCUCAAAUAAAUUCAAAUGGAAUCUUGAA